CACAAAGCCAGUCUCCGAGAGUGUGUCAAGCCCGUCAAUAAACGUUCUGUUUCUUGACCUCCACACUCCUCCUCCUCCUCCUCCUCACCUCACCUCACGCCGCACCUCCUCUUCAGCUCACCUCACGCUCCAUCGACGUCGACGCUGAAUUGGCCUCCUUGCCUACUCCUCCUCUUACCCUCUUCGUUUCUACACUCCUCCUCCUUCAUGCCGGGGGGAGUAGCAAAAGCCGCUGCGCAGUUAUGCAAUUCUAGUGAGGGCCAAGUGUGCUCCAACAGUGUACUAAUUCCAAAACAGAAUUACGCUAUUCAGAAAUCAGCUGAACUUGGUCACCAGUCUUCUUGCCCGUUCUGACUGCUCUCCGCAGCCUUCUCUCAAGCGUGGCAGUUUGGAUAUUGACGGACUUCCAACGCUGACAACCGAACUAUCCUCUCCAAAGAGACUGCGAUCACAGCUUUCUCUUGAUAUCGCAGCAGCAGCCAUGACUGACGACGAAUCACUCGUUAACUCGCCCCGCAUCCAUGCCAACAGUGCGGCGUAUGAGGUUUUGUCAGAAGGAGACAAAUCGGAGAUUUCCGAGCCUGACGAUGCUGACCUUUAUGAUGAGGAAAUCGUUCCGUGGUUUGAGAUAACUCCCAAUGACUCGCCCGACGACAGAACGAGGUCUACUGAGCCCGUCAUCCAGAACGCCGACGAGAUGACGAGUGCCACCACAGUCAAGAACGGUAAUCAUCAUCCGGUUCAAGAUCCUGCUAUCUACAAGAGUUCUUUGGAUGAUGAUCCGGACGAUGGCAACAGGGAUCCAAGUCUGUCUCAAGUCGCACCUGUCCAAUCUCAGGUGAUUCGUUCAACCAAACCUCCAAGCCUCGCUUCUGCAACUCCCCAGCGCCUUGGUAACGCGGGUCUCACACUCAAGACUAGAAGGUCUCUGAACUCAAAGACUAAAAAUCCACCUAUCUCGAAAAAACCACUUGGCUCGGGAUUGCAGCUUGAGUUUUUAUAUUUAGUUGAAACGACGAGUGGCCACCUGACUGAAUUGUCCGCAUUUAAGAGGAGCUGGGCAUGUGACGGGAAAUCAUUAGCUUUGUCUGCAGACGUGUUGGCAGCGAAGGCCAUCGUCACUGGUGAUUUUUCCGGGUUUGGUGACGAGGAACCCGUCGCAUUGCCGUAUGUCUUAGCUCUCACGACUGACCCUGACUUUGAUCAGCUUUGCACGGAUCUGAUCGAUUCUCUGGAAAUAAUACUUAAACCAGAUAGGAAGUUAAAAAAAAAUGAUUGCGGUCGAUCCGCGUUUGGAUUGUCAUAGUCUUAUUGAUGGGCUAAAAUGCGCAGCUUUGUUUCGGAAAAUAUACUUGGCUUUACCUGAAUCUACUAGUCAACAUAGGUCUGCACCUGACUACUGGGGGGCAUUCUUUCUAAGACAAACCUAUCCGGACAUCGCGAACGCGUUAUUUGUACAAGUUCAGCAUGAGACUCUUCGUCUCUACAAAGACGAACCCGUUCCGCAGAAAAUAACUGGAUUCUACGCCGGCAAAAGUAUCGACGAACUGUACAACCUGACCUUAGCCACAAACUGUAUUACCUCUUCAGACGCUACGGACUACUAUAUUG